AUGGUGUACACGUAUCCGGACCGGUCCAUCUACUCAUGUCAGAUGCAGGUGCGUUCAAUCUCGAGUUGGUGAUGUGUAAUUUGAGUAGAUAAACAUAAUAAUCUUUUGUGAUAGAAUACUAUAAUCGUUUGUAGUCGGCUUGAUUAUUGAAUAAAUGAUCAGAUAGCCUGAGGUGAUGUCCACCCCCUCCUCUCUGAUCCGUCUUAUAACCGUCCAUCUGGUUUGAGUAACCCCUCUAAUUGAGUAAUUACUUUUCAGCUUCAGGGAUGCAACCUGCUCCUUAUACUGCUGGGGCUUCUCAUGAUUGGACUGGCCGGUUCCCAGUUCAGCCCAGUAGGGCUCGACAAUUAUCGACUGGUCGAUCUUCGACUACUCAAUUAUUUUCAUGCAGUAACUGGGGCUGUUAGUUUCUAUUGUGUAGUCAAGAACCAUGGCAGUAUUGUUGUUAAAGGCUUGUAUAUGGUUUCCUUUGUCAUCGGAACUUGUACAGCCAUCUUUUACGGGUUUACAACUUACAGAGUGAGUAAAGUAAUUGCAUAAGUAAGCCUCUAGAUUGUGGAUUCCUAUCAGAGUUUGAUGCGUUUGGAGAAUACGAACGGAUUCCAACAAGAAUUUGGAGAGUUCUCUGACAAUUAUGUUGGGAAGAUAGUCAUCUCGGCGGUUUCCAUUGGAGUCUCAGCUGUAGCUGGUCUUGUAGCCCUGGUUGGAUUGUUUCUUUUGGACCGAUUAGUUGUAGUAGAACCAAAUUGGCCUACGAUAUCUGUAAGUCAUCAUAAGUACGCUUAUGCUAUUUACAGCGAGAACAAGAGAUUGAGCUCCGAUACAACCGAGUCCAACUAAAAUACGUUGCUUUGUUGAAACUUUUCCUUGGUCUGGGAACGCUAGGCCUUGCAGCUUUUCUCGAAUACCUCCAUGAGUCUCUUGGCCCUCGUCCAGAUUACAUAAAAAUCUCGUUGGAUCACAUUGCUUCUUUCUUCGCGGCGGUUAGUGCAUUAACAGAUCUUUUUGCUGUCCAUGGGAAGGCCAGAUCUUUAUUAAAUCAGAAAGUCAGCCUUGGAUUGGCUGUCGUGUCAGCUGUAUGGACGUUGAAGGCAGUUGAUAAUGGAAUGUUUCCCUUUUACAAAGAUGAUAUCAAGGGAUAUCGAGCUUUGCAAGGUAAUCCUUCCCUCGCGUAAUUAAAGCUUUGUUCCAGCCACUCAAAGUGAGACUGCCGUUUUCAAUUCCACGGAAUAUGUGGUGGUCAUUGUCCAUGGAGUAUUGUUGGCAUCCUUGUCCAUCCUAUCUUUUGUUUGUGCUUUUUCGGCCGUUCUUUCAGGAUGCUGUCUCCAACGUGACAAUUACAAUACGAUGAGACAGCUGACCAAAGAAGCUGUGAUGCAAAGUAGAUUCCUUGGAUUCAUCCAUGUUUUCUGGGCCUGUUGUUUAAUGGUUUUAGUAGUUCUUGGGUUGAUUAGAACACCCUGGAAUGGCGACUUUAUUGGGGGAGAUCUUCUAUGGCUGGCCAUGUUGUUCUUCAUCACAGGAGUGCUGUCUUCGUCCAAAAUGAAUAUCCUGGUCACUACCAAAUUUAUUCUCAACGUUAUUUCCAUUGGUAUCUCCAUAGAAAAGACUUGUGUCAGUGUCCAUCUGAUCUAUCAAUCGGCCACUUACUCUGAUUAUAUCAAUCCCCGGGUCGUCGAUCAAGAUACUUACAUCGGGCAGAUUGUUUUACAUUCCUGUCAAUGUUUAGUCUUGUUUGGAGAGUUCCUGACAUCUUUGGUGGGUGCAGUGAUCUUUGGCCGACAUCUAAUCCGGACUCCAUUCAUGCACAAAACCCAUUCAACCCGUAAGGGAUCAGUGUAAUUUAAAUACUUUCCUUUAGUUGUUCACAUGUUAUUCUCAGUUGGAUCUUUGAUGUAUGGGGUUGUGAUGACUGGAUGUUAUGUUGUAUUUGAACUGGGCAAAUGGAGAUUCAACGAGGUCCCUUUAGAGGUCCCUUUCUACCGUCUUUCCAGUGGACCUAUGGCUCUUUGUGUUUUUGUGGUUCAAGUAAGUAAAACCAUUGAUAUUAAAAUAUGUGCAGGUUUUAUGCGCAAUCUACCAGCCAUUAUUGUUGUCCGCAACGAUUCUGCAGAUUGUAAUCUCAUCCCUGGCCCUGUUUGUCAUCAAUUCGGCCAUCACCAACGUAUAUUACGUCGUAAGUUUUCCUACUUUUAGAUUUAUUUCUUCAGCAAAUCCUUCUGGAGAAUGAGGACUUCUUGAAUUCCUCAUCAGAUCAACACAGCAUCCUCAUUGUGGCAUUAGUUUUGGCAGCGACAGCCACUCUUUGUUGUACUUUAUGUACUUUUUGUGGCGUAAUCAGUAUUCUAAGAUCAUCUUAUAUUAUGCAUAGAAGACAUCCAGGGAGUGAAUCGACAGCUGUCGCUCCUUUGGAGGAUGUUCCUUAUGCUCUGAACAGUACCAUGACCUCUUCCCCAUUGCCUUUCAUGGUAAGAUUUCCAAAUUCUUACCCCUAAUCUAAUAUUUCAGCCCACUGCCGUGCAACCCAUGGAGGAACAGACCUUAUAUUGGUCAGCUGAAGAGAAUCCCUAUGUAUAUAAAUCAACAAAGAGAUAUUACGGCCAGCCCUAUUUCGUGGACACUGGUUACUACGGUAAUUAUCGCCGCUCGUCGAUGGAUGAAGCCCUCAAUCGAUCGAUACGAAUCGCUUCCUUGGCACCGGAGAGGCAGACUGCAUCCACUCAGACCCUCCCCAACCGAAACUGA